UGUAAAUGUUAGCGCGCAGAGAAAUAGAAUUUAAUACAAUAAUUUAAAAAUUAUUUGGGAUUUGCAGGAAAUAUUCACAAAUUAAUAUUUCCGUUUACGUUAGGGUUAGGUGAUACACCACAGUGUAAAGCUAAGUAUCUUUUAUUCUUUAGCGAGAAAUAUAGAAAGUUUAUUAUCUGUGAAGCUGAUUCUUUUAAUUGGUUUUAUUCUCUGUGCAUCCUCAAUUUGAAAUAAAAAACAAUUUUAUCAGAUUAGUCUUUAAUUUCAUUAGUUGCCUUUAAAGGGUAUGGUAAAUAGUGCUUCCCUGAAAGACUGUUUCUUUUAUAAGGACAAAACCUUCCGAGUUAGGUAUGUGUUAACAAGAUUAGAAACCUUGCAAAAAUAGUAUAAGUAUACAAUGGAUGAACCAAAAGGCGCUACCUACAGAACAAUACCAGCCUGCGUAUAUAGAACAUAUAGCAAAUAUUAUUACACAUGGAAUAUGGAUAUUUCCUAGUAUUCUGGGUGCUGUGGAACUAUUUCAAAGGUCUCAGGAUAGAGCCCAAUUUGUAUCGGCUGUUAUCUAUGGAUUAACAUUAAUUCUCCUUUUUUCUGUAUCCACUUUCUUUCACUGUACAUUUUAUUUGAGGCAUUACAGCAUAUUAAAGGAGCUACUCCAUCGCUGUGAUAGGGCUAUGAUUUAUAUUUUCAUAGCUGGUUCUUACUUCCCCUGGUUAACCAUCGAACAAAUACCAAAUAAUGGGUGGGCUUCCUCAAUGAAAUGGUUUGUCUGGGUAAUGGCUCUUAUGGGAAUUACUUAUCAGCAGAUCUUCCAUGAAAAAUAUAAAAGACUGGAAAUGAUAUUUUACCUUAUUAUGGGUAUUUUUCCUGCAAUUCCCAUAAUCUCAGAGCAUUACUUUGCAGGGUGGAUGGAAAUAUUUACGGGUGGGACUUUAUAUUUAAUUGGUACGAUAUUUUUCAAGUGUGAUGGAGUAAUACCCUGUGCCCACGCAAUUUGGCAUUUAUUUGUUUCAAUGGCAGCAUACUGUCAUUAUUAUGCCAUAUUAAAUUAUUUAUAUCCUAUAAUCAACAUUAGAUCUGAUAAGUUAAACUAUUAAUUUUGUUUCAACUGUGAUUAGAUAAAUUUAUUUUUUUAUUAAUGUUAUAUAUGAAUUGACUUUAUUUUAGUCCUGUGCUAGAGUUUUUUCAUUUAAAAUUAGUGUUAAAAUGUCAUUGUGAUUAGCAUAACUAACUAGGUCACCAAAAUUUAAUGGUAAACUUUGGAUAGAAGAAAACAAUGUGUUACAAUUACUAUAAGCUUGUCGCUUGGAACAUUAGUUCUGAAGAAUGUAAUAGUUCCCAAUAUAAAACGACAUUAAAUUUACAAUUAAUAGAAAUAAAAAAAUUGAACACAUCUUAUAGUAGGGACUUUAAAUCUAAUAUCAUAAUUUUUAAUUUUAUAUCCCAAUUAAGUUGCACCAGCAAAAUAAUAGCUCCACUUAAGAUAUUGAUAAUUUCAAUUUUAGGCAGAAACUUCCUGCUUCAUUUAAUAUGUAUAUUGUGAUAUAAAAUAUUGUUUGUGAAUGUCAGUCAUUUAGAACAUUAAUUAAUUUAAGACAAUGUAAUUGAUUAACUAAACUUGGAUUUACAAUUUUUAAAAAUAUUUAAGACCCAAAAUAUGCCGCCAAUCGAUUAAAUUGCAAAUUUUGUAAGGGCAAUUAUAGACAUAGGUGUGCGUUUUUUAUCUAACACUUUAGUUUUUCCUUGAAUUCGAAUAGCUACUGAUUGCCCAUUAAUAAUUAACUGAUAACAGUCUCCAUUAUCAUAAAAAUGGUUAAUCAAAAAUUGGUAUAUUGUUUUUUUCUAUGUUCCUUAUUAGCAACAAUAUCUUUAAAUGAGGGGAGAACGACUGACUUAAAAGGAAAAUAUAUUUUUGCAUUGAAAUGAAUUUUUCGCAACUGCCAAUGAAACUUCCAGUAAAGUGUUUUUCCACAGUAUCCGUAUUUAACCAUAAUUAUGAUUUAUUAAGGUAUAUCUAGGGUUGUGGAAUUGACGGGUCAAAGUUUUUGUGUCAAUUGACCAAAUUAAUUUUAAAUAUACUAUGAAAUUUAUAUUUAUUAAUUUAUAUUGUGUCUUACACCACCGUCGCGUUGUUCAUAAUAACGCAUAAUAAUUUAUUAUAAAAUACAUAUUAAGUAAUCAUAGAGAACACUCUACAAUUGCAAGAUGUUACAAGGACGGGCAAAAAAUUUAGGUCACUCAAGAAAUUACAAAUAUUUUGGAAAAAAAAGUUUAUCACGAACUAGUAGGUGGUAAAUUAUCUGUCCUACUCUAUUUGGUUAUCCGAAUUUAACAUUUAAUCGGUUGGUUUUCAUGAUUUUGUCAGAAAACAGAAAAUGUCUAUUAUAAACCAAGCCCAAAUUAAUUUUUAUUUGUAACUAAAGGAACGAGUAACAAUUCCGUUCUGGUCGAUUUUGUUCGAUUCCUGCAUAAGUAACUCUCUCAGCUCUUGGACACUUCUUGUUGCUGCUGUAUGUGUUAAAUACGUCGUCUCUUCUCAUCCCACACUUUUGAUGGGAUUCAUAUCUGGACUGAGUGCUGGCCAAUCAAACCGUGUUAUUCCCACUUAUCUAGGCCACACACCCCACUUCUGGCGGUGUGGGGUCUAAUAUUAUCAUGCGUCAAAAUGAUAUCUUCACCAUAGUGAUCAUUAAAGGCAUAGCAUAAUCAUCCAGAAUUUCCGUAAUAUACCUGUGAGCUGUCAGAGAGCCAUUCUGUAUAAAACACAACUCUGUGCGUGCUUCCGAACUGGUUCCCGUCGUAACCAUAACCGAACCACUACAAUGUGGAAGUCUUUCAUCAAUAUAGCCUGGAGCAUAUCUUUCUCCGGAUCUCCUCCUAACUCGGCGACGUCCAUCUGAUCCAGUAAGGCAAAAACGAGGUUCAUCGGAAAACGCAGCAUUCAUAAUCAUUCCAGUCUAAGUGCUUUCGAGCAAAAGUUAAUAUUGCUAUUCAAUGCCGUGUGUGCAAUGGCGACAAGACAACUCACUCUCUCACUCUUGAAGUUGGAUUCGAAGUCAAACAACAGAAGCUGUCCUAUUCCGCAAACUAACGGACACUAAAAAUCGAUCUUCUUCGACCGGAUCCAAGUCUUCUAGUGAUCAAGCCAGUUUCCUCGUAGCGUUGGUAUACAUUUGGACAGCACUUAGACUUCUACUAACAAUUCUGGCAGUUUACCGUUUUCCUCGACCAUCUUGUAUUAAUGCUACACUUCUGGCCGCAACAAUAGGAUCUAAAGGCAUUAUGACCAGUUAAAUACACGUCACAUCCAAAAUAGACCAAACAAUUUUAAUGAAGAUAAAUGAACAAUAAACUGGAAAGUACCUAACGCACGAAUUUUUUUAAGUGGACGCUGACAAUAACUGACAUAUAACAAUCUCUAUCUGCGUGUCGGAAAGCAAGUAAUUCACUGCCUACUGAACAGACGAUUCGGUGUUCAAAAAAAAAAUUCCAAAUUAUUUGAGUAACCUAUUUUUUGCUCGCCAGUGUACUUAAAACAUUUUGAUUGAAUUUGACUAGUCACUUAAGAAGUGGUCAAUUGACCAGCCCCAACACUAGGUAUAUCAUUGCUUCCGCAUCAUCUAUUGAAUAAAAUCCGUCACUUCCUAAACCGAGAACUAUUAUGUUCCAUUUUUAUUGCGCCCCAUGGAUGUUCAUAAUCAAAAAUUUACCUAAAUGUUUCAAUGUCGAAUGUCUAGGUGUUAAUAAAAUAAUAACCAA